CUUCGACCUCGGCUUCAGCUUCAGCUUCGAUACCAUUAACUGUCAACAGAGUCUAUUUUCAUCUGAGCGAUAAGUGACUCAACUUGCUGUCCUGUCGCCUAUACCAUACUCUAUCCUCCAGGAUUCGGAAAAGUGCCUGGAAGUGAUCAGUCACCGAACGCCCUCGUGCUAUCGAGCUGCGACGUCUGUUAAAUCAUUUGACACAGCCAUACGAAUUGCGCGCAUUGACUCUGACGUCGACCGGCACAUUUAUACCUGGACUUCGGUUAUUCUCCUAUUUCUGAGUUAUUGCUCCGUAUACGACGGAUUAUUGUCAAACCAGAGUAUCUACAGCAGAUCGACUCAACGAUGGCAGCAUUACGGGCGAGCAACCUGCUAGGCGACCCGUUCGCCCUUGCCACGAGUUCCAUCGCGAUGCUUGGGUGGUUGAUUGCGUUUAUUGCAUCCAUCGCCGCGGACGUGCAGGAUCCUUACCCUAGUUUUCAAUGGUGGGCCAUUGCAUACUCAUUCUGCUGUAACGUUGGAGUGAUUGUGGUGUUUCUCACAGACACCGGUCUCACUUACGGCGUGGCGGUUGUGGGGUACCUUGCUGCCUCUCUUGUGAUGAAUUCGAUCUCGGCAAACUCGAUGUUCAAUUCCAAGAGCACAUCUAGUUUCCAAGCCGCCGGUGCUGGCUUCAUUCUGCUGUGCAUGGUCAAUAUCGUGUGGACUUUUUACUUCGGAUCGGCCCCUCAAGCGAAACACCGUGGGUUCAUUGACUCCUUUGCACUCAACAAGGAGAACCAAGGCUCGUAUGGCGCCAACCGACCUAUGUCAUCUGCCUACGGUGCACGCCCCGAGACCACGACGAGCCGUCCCCAGAUGUAUACAUCCGCUCAGCUCAACGGUUUUGAAACGUCGUCGCCUGUCUCAGGCUAUCAUGGCGGUGCCCCCGGGGAGACUCGUAGCCCAUCGCAAGCCCGAUUCACCAGUCUCGGCGGACCCAAUGCCAGUAACCCUGACACCGUGGGAGAGAUUCCGCCGCCGACAGAAUACCCAUACAAGGCAAAGGCCAUCUAUAAGUACGAGGCAAACCCAGAAGACGCCAACGAAAUUGGCUUCGAGAAGGGAGAAGAGCUGGAAGUAUCAGACGUCAGCGGCCGAUGGUGGCAGGCUAGAAAAGCCAACGGCGAAACGGGCAUUGCACCAUCGAACUACCUCAUUCUGCUAUGAUGGAUGCCGCCUUCCUUUCUUCUACCUUCUUUGUCGUUUCCUUUUCUGGUUUGUCAUGGGCCCUUGCCGGUUGGCGAGAAAAUGUGUUUGAUACCCUUCGAGUUGUAUCACUCGGCGUGAAUUUGGAUUGCGAACUAAAGUCAUGUUACGUCUUGAUGGUUUGUUUCUUCUUCGAUUUAUUUUUUUUUCUCUUUGGACUUGCUGAAUUGUAAGAUCUCACUUGGAUAUGGGCUUGGUUUCUUUUCUUCGCUCCCCGGCCCGUUGAAAACUUGGGAUGGAUGAUCGCACUCAGGUUUGAUAGGAUGUUUUAUUGUAUUUCUCUUUGUCUGAUAUAUCUGAUACGCAUGAGACUGAAUUGGAUGAUGUUCAUUGGAC